AGGGGCUGCUCUGCACUUCUACUUGGGAAGGACAGAGACUGACAUGGAGCGGGGGAAGGGCCUGGCUGGCCUUAUCCUGGUGGUCAUUCUUCUGCAAGGUACCAAGGCCCAGGAGAAACUAGAGAAAGACUUGCUACAAGUGGAUGACAAACGAGAAGAUGGUUCUGUACUUCUGCUUUGUAACUUGGAAGACAAAAACAUCACAUGGUUUAAAGAUGGGAGUAGGAUCAGUUCCAUAGAUUCAAACAAAAACACAUGGAACCUGGGAAGUAGUACCAAGGACCCCCAAGGGACCUACCAGUGUCAAACAGAAAAGCAGACUUCAGAGAAACUCCAAGUGUAUUACAGAAUGUGUCAGAACUGCAUUGAGCUGAGCCCAGACACCAUAUCCGGCUUUAUCUUUGUUGAGCUCAUCAGCACUUUCUUCCUUGCCGUUGGGGUCUACUUCAUCGCUGGACAGGAUGGAGUUCGCCACUCCAGAGCUUCAGACAAGCAGACCCUCCUGCCCAAUGACCAGCUCUAUCAGCCCCUCAAGGAGCGGGAAGAUGACCAAUACAGUCACCUUCAAGGAAACAAGCUGAGGAAGUGAGCUCUGGACUCAGAGUAGGUGUUCUCAAAGUCAAAACAAUACAUUUGGAGAGCUCCCAAAAGAGUGUUCAGCCCUAAACUUAGUCUCAAGUCCCACAGAGGCGACAAAUGGUGAAGGGCAGUCAGAAUGAAGUUUAGUUUUUUCUCAAAAUAAAAUAAAAGUCAAGACUCAGGGUGUCACUUGUUAGAGAGCACUUACCUAGCCUAU